CAUGAAAGUAACCUCAAACUCUUGAGGGAAAAUCGAAGCUUUUUCUACGCUCUCUCUCGAUUUGUCAGCUUAGAUCUGUUGAUUUUGGAUCUGGAUCCGAAUCCGAUAGAGAAUCUUCCGUCGUUGCGCUCGUCUCUCUGAAGCUCAGCUGCUCGUUUCGGCGGAGAAUAUGAUGAAGUAACGGAAGAGUUGGGUGGAGGUAAGAAGCAAAACCGUUUUGGAUUUGUUUUGGAUUUUUACUUGAGUUAUUUGACUGAAAAUUGGGAGAGAGGAGUCAAAUUGGGUUGUCUUGCUGUCGUUAAUUUGUUGGGUUUUUUUUUUCUGAAAUUAGUAUUGGAAGAGGCUGAGGAUUGAAAACCCUAGAUAGGGAUUUUUUGGGCAGAAGUUUGACAGAUUUGGGGUUUUGGUUGAAAAAAUGGAUUUUUCUACUGAAAUCAUGCGUUAGGCAGUGGUUGUUUGGGAGUUGUGGGAAAAUUUAAGUUUUUUAAAUUUGCUGUGAGUUCUGAGUGAAUCUUGAACGAGAAUGGUGAAGGGAGCUGCAAUUGGGUUAUGUUAUUGGCCGUAAUUUGACAGUUGGAUUUUUCCUGGAAUCAAUCUCGGAGGAGGCUGAGGAUCGAGAACCCUAUAAAAAGUUGGGUUUUUGUUGGAAAUUUCGGAGAGAUUUAGGGCUUGGACUGAGAAAUGGAAAUCCCUAUUUAAAUUAUGCGCUAACUAGAAGGCGGCUUAGAUUUUUGGGAAGAUUUAGGUUUUCGCUUUGAGAAAUUUAAUUGAAUCUUCUGAGAAAAAUGGCGGAGAGAGCUCGAACUGAGUUGUGUUAUUGGCCGUAGUUUGUUGCUUCAACGGUCUGGUUAGUUGGAUUUUGCUGUCGUCUGCGUUGAAGAUUCAGAACGCUACAAAAGUUAACUUUUUGAGCAGAAUUUGGAGAUAUUAAGAUUUUAGAGAAGAAAAUUAAAAAUCCCUGUUGAAAUUACCCGCUAGGGACAUUGGAGAAUUGAAAUUCUGGAAAAAGGUGUGUUUUGAGCCUGGCUUCCGCAGAUAUUUGGCGUUCUUUUAGCGGAUAAACUUCAAGAGGUUACUCUUGGAUUGGGGACUUAAUUUAUAGUUUAUGCUGGGGUUGCUACUAGGGGCAUCAGGAGAUUUUGAUAAUCUGAGAAAAAGGUAGGAUUUUGAUAAGUAUAAUCUCUCUUUGUGAAAGAGAUGGAAGGAGAAAUUAGCACGCAAAUUGCCCCUCCUAUUGUCAUGCAGCAGUCACUCCCUUCCCUAUUUCGUGAAUCCCCACCAGUUCAUAGGAAGCGAGAUGUGGCAUGCCAAAAUGCUAAUUUGCUUCCAACUUCUACUGCCAAUUGGAAUCCCAACCUUUUCAGUUGGGACAGCGUGAGUUUCUCAGUGAGACAGUCUUCAAACGAGGUGCAGAUCUCACAGGAUUCAAUUAUGAAAAAGAGUUUUGAAGAAGGGGGUGAAAAUUUGAGUUUGAAACUUGGUGGAGGUGGAGCUUUAGUGGUUAAGGAGGAUCAAGCAGCAGUCAGGCCAAGUAAAAAGGUUCGAUCUGGGUCUCCGGGCAACACAGGUGGCGGUAAUUAUCCAAUGUGCCAGGUUGAUGAUUGUAAGACAGAUUUAUCGAGCGCGAAGGAUUAUCAUAGAAGGCACAAGGUGUGUGAGGUUCAUAGUAAGAUGACUAAGGCACUGGUGGGCAAUCAAAUGCAGAGGUUCUGCCAACAAUGCAGCAGAUUUCACCUCCUUUCAGAGUUUGACGAGGGGAAGAGGAGUUGCAGACGUAGGCUUGCUGGUCACAACAGACGAAGAAGGAAGACCCAUCCAGAGGAAGCAUCAACGCAGUUAUCUCAUGUAAAUCAAGGGAGCAGUGACACCAACAAUUUGGAUAUUGUCAAGUUGUUAACCAUCUUUGCUCGAAUGCAAGGUAAUGGAGCAGGAGGAGCUAAAGUAGCUGGUGCCCACCAAAUACCUGAUAAAGAUCAAGUAAACCACAUACUUGGUAGAAUCCACUCUUUGCGUGCUGCAAACUCUGCUUCAAGGUCAGCAGUACCUGGAGGUUUUGAUUUAAAUAUUUCACAAGUACCAGAUCAAUCUUCUUUUGAAGAUCCAAGCAAAUUAAACGGAAACACAUCCACAACGGAUUUGCUUACAGUUCUAUCCUCUGCAUUAGGAGCUUCUUGUCCUGACAAUUUUGCUGCUAUGUCUCAAGCAAGCAGUGGCAAUAAAGAUCCUGUGGAGAAAGCCCGACAAAGUUUACCGUUGCAGCUUUUUAGCUCUGUUGAGGAUGGCACUCUCCCCAAAUUGGGUUCUACAAGGAAGUAUGUAUCCUCUGAAUGUAGCAACCUGAUUGAUGGUAGAUCCCCUUCAUCUUCUCCUCCAGUUGCUCAGAGGCUUUUCCCUCUGCAUUCAGAGUCAGGAAGUAUGCAACAUGAAAGUAUGUCAAUUUGCCCAGGCAAUUCCCCUGUUGAGGCGAUAACAAGCCGCAGGCAUAUAGUACCGUUGGAUCUUUUUAAGGAGUCAGAAAGACUAGAUGAUAGUGGCGCCUUGCAAAGUCCUCCAUUUCAAGCAGGUUACACAUCCUCCUCUGGCUCGGACAGAUCGCCUUCUAGUUCGAAUUCUGAUGGACAGGACCGGACUGGACGGAUCAUAUUUAAACUAUUUGAUAAGGACCCCAGCAGCUUCCCUGGUGCCCUCAGAGCUCAGAUACUAAGUUGGCUUUCCAACAGUCCAUCAGAAAUGGAAAGUUACAUUCGACCUGGUUGUGUGGUCCUGUCAAUUUAUGCGUCCAUGCCAUCUACAGCUUGGCAUGAGAUUGAAAGCAACCUUUGUCAGAGAGUCUCUUCACUGGUACAGUGCUCAGAAUCAGAGUUCUGGCGAAGUGGGAGGUUCUUAGUUCGGACAAAUAGGCAACUAGCUUCACACAAGGAUGGGAAAAUUCAUCUGUGUAAAUCUUGGAAGACGUGGAGAGCUCCUGAGCUGACAUAUGUGUCACCUAUUGCUGUUGUAAGUGGACAGGAAACCUCCUUUGUUUUGAAAGGUUGGAAUUUGACUGCUCCUGGCACCAGAAUUCAUUGUACCUACAUGGGGGGCUAUACGUCAAAAGAAGUUCUUGGUUCAGUUUAUCAAGAUACCAUUUACAAAGGUUCUAGCACAGAGUGUUUCAGUUUUCAUUGUGAAUCUGGCGAUGUCUUUGGUCGCUGUUUCAUUGAGGUAGAAAAUGGUCUCAAAGGAAACAGCUUUCCUGUUAUUAUCGCAGAUGCUACAGUUUGUAAAGAGCUGAGGCUCCUUGAGUCUGACUUUGAUGCAGAGAGAACAACAGAUUCCAUUUCUCAUGAUCAAGUAGGACCAAGGUCCAGGGAGGAUGUUCUGCACUUUCUGAAUGAACUUGGUUGGUUGUUUCAAAGAAAGAAUACCCCUUUAGACUUAUUUCUUACCAAUUUCUCUCCUAAACGGUUCAACUUCCUGCUAACCUUUUCGGUAGAACGUGAUUGGCCUGCGGUUGUCAAAACGCUUCUAGAUAUGCUUGUAGAAAGAAGCUUAGUGAGCCAAGAUAGCCUAGUUCAGGAAUCCUUGGAGAUGUUACUAGAGAUCCAACUCUUGAAUAGAGCUGUGAAGCGAAAGUGCAGGAAAAUGGUUGAUUUACUUCUCCAUUAUUCCGUAAAGGGGAGCGAUAAUGAUACAAAGAUGUACCUUUUUCGUCCUAAUUCAGCAGGCCCAGGCGGAAUCACUCCCUUACAUCUAGCCGCAUCUAUGCAGGACUCAGAGGACAUGGUCAAUGCAUUGACUGAUGACCCCCAGGAGAUUGGCUUGAACUGCUGGGACUCAAUACUUGACGAGAGCGGUCAAUCCCCUUACAUGUAUGCAUCCGCGAGAAACAAACAUUCAUACAAUGAAUUGGUGGCCAGAAAGCUUGCAGACAAGAAAAGUGGCCAGAUAUCAAUAUCACUGGAGGAUCAUCAUCUUAGCUUCAGGAUCACAACAAUGAGAUCCUGUGCUCAGUGUGCUCGCUUAGAUGCCCAUAGGUUCAAGCGAAGACACCGUAAUGGGGGAUUUCUUCACCGGCCAUAUAUCCACUCAAUGCUAGCUAUUGCUACAGUGUGUGUUUGUGUGUGUUUACUAAUGCGAGGCUUGCCAAAACUUGAUAAUAUUGCUCCAUUCAUGUGGGAAAAUUUAGAGUAUGGUCCUCAGUAGCCAAGAGGCAGAGGAAGAAAUGGUGGACAUGAUCAUGUUUCAAAUAGUUUUCGAACAUGGGCCAAAUCCUAAACUGGAAAUGCUUGGGCUCUUCGACAUUGAUUGGAUGUUUGGUUGGAGAAAAACCAAGGAAACAGAUACAGGAAGAAAGAAGAGAGCGGCUAAAAAAAAGGACAGCGGCAAAAGAGGACUCUUCCGGUUCCAGCACAAAAGGUUGCUACAUCAUUUGUAGUUAGGAAUUUUAGAAUGCUUACCUGAGAUUAUUGUCAUUGAUGAUUCCCUACCUUUUUUUUGUUGAUUUAUUUUGUAUUUUUGACGUCUUUGAUUAUAAAUGGUAACAAAUUUAACGGUCUAUGGGUUAUGCGUAACUGCCAAAGGUUGCUACAAAUGUACACGGGGCAGUAGUGAAGUUUAUUAUCGAAAGAAACAGGGAAAAAUUUGUUGAUCAUA